AUGUUUCUAAACUUUAUUAAAAUUUUAUUACUAAUUAAAAACAACACAAAAAACUCACCUUCUGCUAUAUUUAUUCUUGCUUCUCACUUUCAAUUGGCUUCGUCUAAUACACCAAAUUCACUACAUAAUAUCGUUGAAUCUCAACAAACAUCUAAUACCGUUAAUAUACCUAAUAUAUCAAAUUCACUACAAAAUACUAUUGAUCCUCAACAAAUAUCUAAUACCAUUGAUCCUCAACAAACAUCUAAUACUGUUAAUCCUCAACAAACAUCUAAUACCGCUUAUACUCAACAACAAACUAAUACCGCUUAUUCUCAACAACCAACUAAUACCACUUAUUCUCAACAACCAACUAAUACCACUCAUUCUCAAUAUUCAUCUAAAAUCAUUCGUCCUAAAUAA